AGAUGCUGUCUUCUGGGCUUGGCUUAUGCUGAAGCAUCUUCUGCCUCAGGCUCCAGGCCUUGGUGCUGCUGUCCGGCUCACCGCUCACCGACUCGUCAAAGACCUCCACUCCUCCAUCAGGCCUAGGAAUGCUUCGUGCUGCAAAGCGGGUUUGAAAAACCACAAGUUUGCAGGGUGCCGUUACGAAACACUGGAGCAGAUGGUGCGGCGGGAUGAAUGGCAGCCGUUCACACGCUGUCUGGAGUGUUGAUGCUGGCUGAGCACGACCCCAGGGAGCCACCAGCAGCUCCAAGACAGCAGCUAUGGCCGAGGGGAGCGUGGCAACCGACCAUGAGCAGCUCCUGAGGAGGGUUCAGGAGCUGGAAGAGGAGGUGAAGCGGCUGCAGGAGAAGCUCCAAGAGGACAAGGAGAGUGCUGGGAGAGAAGAGGCUCCUUCAGCCCCUGGAAAAGCCAAGAAACGCCAGCAACGGCCAUUCAAUUUUGGUGCCUACAGCCGCAGACACAUAGCAUUGAAAAUCGCCUACCUGGGCUGGGGCUACCAGGGUUUUGCCAGCCAGGAGAACACUGACAACACCAUCGAGGAGAAGCUCUUCGAAGCCUUGAAGAAGACGCGGCUGGUGGACAGCAGACAGACCUCAAACUACCACCGCUGCGGGCGGACAGACAAAGGUGUCAGUGCCUUCGGACAGGUGAUUUCCCUGGAUCUCCGCUCAAACCUGUCGGAGGGGAAGAAACUCAAUGGCCAUGAGGGUGUCUCAGAAGGCAAAGGCGAGGGAGAGGAGCUCCGCUACACCCAUAUUCUGAACCGGGUGCUCCCGCCCGACAUCCGGGUGUUGGCCUGGGCCCCUGUGGAGCCCGAUUUCAGCGCCAGGUUCAGCUGCCUCAAAAGAACCUACCAGUACUUCUUCCCUUGCGCCGACCUGGACGUGGCCCUCAUGCACACUGCAGCCCAGAGGUAUGUGGGAACCCACGAUUUCCGUAACCUCUGUAAAAUGGAUGUCGCCAACGGGGUGGUCAACUUCCAAAGAACGAUCCUCAGCGCCAGCGUGACGUGGGCAGAGACAGGCAGAGAAACAGGGCCGCAGGAUCCCUUCCGCCUGUGCCAGUUUGAAGUGACAGGACAGGCAUUCCUUUAUCACCAAGUCCGCUGCAUGAUGGCCAUCCUCUUCCUCAUCGGGCAGCGGAGGGAGAGCCCCGAGAUCAUUGACGAGCUGCUGGAUGUGGAGAAGAACCCCCGCAAACCACAGUACAGCAUGGCAGUCGAGUUUCCCCUCGUCCUGCAUGACUGUGAGUUUGAGAACCUACAGUGGCUGUACGACCGAGAAGUGCACAAGUUCAACGUUACGCACCUCCAGCGGCUCUGGGCCAACCACGCUGUCAAGACUCAAGUGCUGCGUAGCAUGUUACAAGGGCUGGAGGCUGCUCCCAUGGCUGACGGAAAGAGCACAGGGAGCAGCGGGAACGCCACCGCCACGUCUCUGCUCUACAGCCAGGUCAGCGGCUUCGUAGAAGGCGUCCAGGCGCGCACCUACAAACCGUUGCUGUCGCGGCCGCGGUGCGAGGGGCUCGAGGAGCGCGUCCAGCACUUCGUGCGCCGCGGCCGCAUCGCGGAGUCCCGGCCCGGCGGGGAACGCGGCCCCGGCAGCAAGCGGCUCCGCACGGGCGCCGAGUGA